AUGCACACCUACUUGAUCCAGUUUGCCCAGUUCCACGAGGAGUUUCGACUACCCGAACUCAAAUCGCUUGCUCGACUUGAACGAGUGACCUUGGAAUGCAAUGACAGCGAAUACAAACUCGAUAACCCUUUCUUCAAGAUCCAACUUGAAAGCGACGAGGAUGCUCGAAAACUAGUGAAGCGGGCGAUUUUGAUCAAGAACAUUUAUGAAUUGUGGGGUGAAGGCGAGACUUAUGAGCAAGUCCAUGAGCAAGUCAAGUCAUAUCCUGAGCGCUGGCCGCAGUAUCAAGAUGUAUCGUUCAAGUUUGUUGUUUCAGCAUUCAAUUCGACGAUCAGCAAAGAAGAUCAAUUAUCCAUCAUCAACUCUUUCAGCUAUCUCGGCUUUGAAGGACCUAUUGAUAUGAAGAACGCCUCAGUCCAAUUCGCUGUGCAUGAAGAUUAUGGAUCAACACAAUACGUGCCUGGUAUGACCCCUAUUCGCGAACACAUUUAUAUGGGUCGUCUUGUCGCACCUGGCAGCCGUGAUCUUGUCAACACUUACAAUCUCAAGAAACGCAAAUACCUUGGUACAACCUCCAUGGAUGCAGAGUUGUCCCUUGUGAUGGCCAAUCAAGCUCUUGCGGCUUCAGGCAAAUUGGUCUAUGAUCCAUUCGUUGGCACAGGUAGCUUUUUAUUCACAUGCGCUCAUUUUGGUGCCUAUACUUUGGGAUCGGAUAUCGAUGGUCGACAAAUUCGUGGUAAAGGCGAAGGAAAGAGUGUCAAGGCCAAUGUGGAACAGUAUCAACUUCAAGGUCGUGUGCUUGAUUCCUUGGUGUUUGAUGUAUGCCACCAUCCAUGGCGUACCGAUGCUUGGUUGGAUGCUAUUGUAACAGCACCUUAUGGAGUACGUGCUGGUGCCAAGACAUUGGGCAGAAAAGAAAACUCCAAAUUACCAUUGGCAUUGCGAACAUAUGAAGGCCAACCGAUGCACACCCGAGAAGAUUAUUAUCCUCCUACCAAGCCAUAUGAAAUGUCUGAAGUUGUCAGCGAUCUACUCAACUUCGCAGCAAAGCAUUUGAGGAUAGGCGGUCGUCUUGUCUAUUGGUUGCCUACCGUGGUGGAUGAAUAUGCAAGCACAGAUAUCCCCAAGCAUCCAAGCAUGGUCAUGAUCUCCAACAGCGAACAAAACUUUGGCCAAUGGGCUCGACGACUUAUCACUAUGGAAAAGACGUGUGAGUAUACUUCGGAGGUGCAUCUCGAACAAGUGGAAGAUGAAAAGCGACCAGGCCAUUAUCUUUUCCGUGAAAAGGUAAACAAGAGGAAUGAAAUGCUUUUUAUGUGA